ACAAGCAAACCGCCCAUCACUGUAACCAUUCUUGGCGCCUUCAAGAAAAGAAAUAAAAAAUGGAGUGGAGUUGGUUCCUGGUUUUUAUCCUUUGGCAGAUGAUGACUCCAUCAGAAUCGGCGGCCAUUGCCGUGGGUGGUGGCGUUGGCAUUAAUAUUGGCGGCGGCGACGGUGUUUGGGUUGGUGGAGGAAUCAACAACAAUCCAACUCCAUCUGGCCCUUCAGCGUCAAAGCUCAACAGUGCUUAUACUGCUCUCCAAGCUUGGAAAUCCGCCAUCACUGAUGACCCAUUGGGCGUUUUGAAGACUUGGGAUGGCUUAGAUGUGUGUUCUUAUAAAGGUGUGUUUUGCUCAGAUCAACAAGGUGGAAUGGAUUCAUCAAAUGGACCUCCCGUGGUAGCCAUAGAUCUCAACCAUGCAAAUCUUCAAGGUAUUCUAGUGAAGGAACUCUCUGCCCUUACAGAUAUGUCAAUCUUCCAUCUCAACAGCAACAGGUUUUCAGGCACAAUCCCUGAUACUUUCAAAGACCUUUCAUCACUUCAAGAGCUAGAUCUCAGUGGCAACUAUUUCUCUGGCCCUUUUCCUAUGGUCACUUUAAAUAUGCCAAAUCUUGUUUAUUUGGACCUUAGGUUCAACACUUUCUCAGGAUCAAUCCCUGAUGGUCUUUUUAACAAGGGUCUUGAUGCCAUCUUCCUCAACAACAACCAAUUUGAAGGUGAACUCCCUUCAAACCUGGGGAACUCACCAGCUUCCGUGAUAAACUUGGCCAACAACAAGUUCAAUGGAAACAUACCAUCUAGUUUUGGCUUCAUUAGUUCUAAAUUGAAGGAGAUUUUGCUUUUGAAUAACCAGUUAACAGGCUGCAUCCCACAAGGUGUUGGGAUGUUCUCAGAGAUGCAAGUCUUUGAUGUGAGCCGUAACUCACUCAUGGGUCAUUUGCCUGACUCCAUAUCUUGCUUGACAGACAUUGAGGUUCUCAAUUUGGCACACAAUAAACUCUCUGGUGUUUUGCCUGACGUAGUUUGUUCCCUAAGGAGUCUUAUGAAUUUGACCGUUGCCUACAAUUUCUUCUCUGGGUUUGGCCAAGAAUGUUCCAAGUCUUUCUUUAGGGAUGUGGGUUUCGAUUACUCGGUGAAUUGCAUCCCGGGGAGAGACAUGCAGAGACCCCAACCUGAGUGCAGUGUUAUCCCUGGAAGUGGGUUGAGUUGUCUGAGAAUUCCUUCUCCACAACCUCUAGUGUGUGCAGCAUUGAGUGGGAACUUUAAGACUAAUCAAACCUCAUCCCCAUGAUGUCAUGUUGCUGCUGCCUGUCAAUUCUCCCAUUCAUUAAUAGCAAUUCAUUUGUUAAUGGAUUCAAUUGCACCUCUGUUACUAUAUUUGGUU